UGCUUAGCUCUCUCCAACUCCCACACCCAAAACAAAAUUAACUCUCCAAUCCAAACAAAAAUCCUUAAAAUCAAGAAAAAUAAAACCUUAAUUUAGGUUUGUAGCUUGUUUAAAAUGGAUGAACAACUUUCUACCAGUGAUGAUGGAGAAAUGGAUCAAAUUGUAGAGAGUUCCAACAUUAAAGAGGCAAAUACAAAUGAACAAAGUUCCGAUAUAGAACCGUACGUAGGUAUGGGAUUUGAAUCCGAAGAAGCUGCUAAGGUGUUCUACGAUGCAUACUCUACGCGCUUGGGAUUUGUUAUGCGCGUUGAUGCAUUUCGGAGAUCUAUGCGUGAUGGCAAAGUUGUGUGGCGUCGGCUUGUGUGUAAUAAAGAAGGGUUCCGUAAGCUACGGCCUAAGAGAAGUGAGAAUAGGAAGCCUCGGGCAAUAACACGAGAAGGUUGCAAAGCUAUGAUAGUUGUAAAGAAAGAGAAAACAGGGAAAUGGAUCGUAACGAGAUUUGUAAGGGAGCAUAAUCAUCCUCUUGUCGCGAUACCUCCAAAUGGUCGACGGAGUGUGCUUUUAUCUCAAGCACCGGAUGAUAAAGAUGUAAAGAUUCGGGAAUUGACUGCUGAACUACAACGAGAACGAAGGCGAUCUGCAGCUUAUCAAGAACAGCUGUGUGUGGUUUUGAGAGAUAUGGAGGAGCAUUCAACUUACCUAUCAAGAAACAUUGAAGACAUAGUGCAAAGCGUUCGAGAAAUCGAAAAUAAGAGGUAGACCGUUUUUUUCAAUAGAUUAUAUUAGCCUGUCUGUGUACAACUUCCUCUAAAUGCUAUGUAGGUUUUAAACAAGUUAAAUAAAAAGUAUAGUUAAACAACAUA